ACGACAAAUAAAAAGUGUGUAUAGCAUAUAAAUUUCUUAAUAAAAUUUAAAUAAAAUACUAGUUGAAGUUGUAAAAAAUACACAAAGUAAGAUACGAUCAAAUUGUGUAUAGAAACGUGUGUUAUGUACUUUUAAUUAACUGUCAAAAAAAUGUUUGCAUUUAAACAAAUAAACUACAAAAUACUCGCUUUAGUGAUUUUUGGUCUAUGCACCUUAGCAUUUGCACAGGAACGCAAUGUUAUCCUUGAAGCAUUGGAUUUUUUGCGUCGCGGUCAAAAUGACGUCAAUUUAGAAAACUUUGAUAAUUACAUCGAAAUGGAAGGGGAGUAUGAUUUCAUUGUCGUAGGAGCUGGUACAGCAGGUUGCACAUUGGCAGCCCGUUUGUCCGAAAAUCCAAAAUGGCAAGUGUUGCUACUCGAAGCUGGUGGUCCUGAACGACUGAUUAUGGAUAUACCAAUUGUAGCGCAUUUCUUGCAACUCGGUGAAAUGAAUUGGAAAUAUCGUACACAACCCUCUGAUCACGCUUGUCUCGCCAUGAACAAUAAUCGUUGUAAUUGGCCGCGCGGUAAAGUUAUGGGUGGUUCGUCAGUACUCAAUUAUAUGAUGUACACACGUGGCAAUCGUAAAGAUUAUGAUCGUUGGGCGGCUUUAGGAAAUGAAGGUUGGAGUUUCAAAGAUGUUUUGCCAUACUUUAAAAAGUAUGAAGGUUCUAGUGUACCUGAUGCUGAGGCUGAUUUUGUUGGUCGUAAUGGACCAGUUAAAGUAUCUUAUGUAAAUUGGCGAUCAAAAAUUGCAGAAGCUUUCAUAGAAGCAGCACAACAGGAUGGCUUGAAAUAUCGCGAUUACAAUGGACAUAUACAAAAUGGUGUUGCUUACUUACAUACUACAACAAGAAAUUCUACACGUUGGAGCUCCAAUCGCGCAUACUUGUAUCCAUUAAAAGGCAAACGUCCAAAUUUGCAUGUUAAGAAAAAUGCUUUAGUGACUAAAGUGCUUAUUGAUCCCACAACAAAAUCUGCUUAUGGCAUCAUCGUUAAUACUGAUGGUAGCGAACAUAAAAUUUUAGCCAGACGUGAAGUUAUUGUUACAGCGGGCGCUAUAAACACACCACAACUACUGAUGUUAUCGGGUGUGGGACCAGCAAAACAUUUGCGUGAAGUUGGUAUCAAGCCUAUUAUAGAUUUAGCAGUUGGUUACAAUCUUCAAGAUCACACAGCACCCGCUGUAAGUUUUACUACAAAUGCUACCUCUUUGCACUUUGAAGAUUUUGCCGAACCUACUUGGGUUAAUCGUUUCAAUCGUCAGGAAGGUCCUUACGGUUCACCUGGUGGCUGUGAAGCUAUUGCAUUCUGGGACUUAGACCAUCCACAUUUAGAAGAUGGCUGGCCUGAUAUUGAAUUGUUCUUAGUUGGCGGCUCUAUGUCCUCGAAUCCAGCAAUUUCUCGUGCUUUUGGUUUGAAAAAAUCUAUUUAUGAUUCAAUGUUUGCCGAAAUUGAGGAGAAAAAUUUGGAUGCUUUUAUGAUCUUUCCUAUGAUUUUACGUCCAAAAAGUCGUGGUCGCAUUAUGUUAAAGAGUUCAGAUCCUUUUAAGUAUCCACUGAUUUUUGCCAACUACUUUGCACAUCCAUACGAUGUUGAUAUCUCAGUGCGUGGUUUAUUAAAAGCAGUUAGUCUUAUGGACCAGCCAGGCUUCAAGAAAAUUAAUGCAAAACUAUGGGAUCGUAAAGUACCGACAUGCAAAAAAUAUCCCUACAAAACGCAAGCUUACUGGGAGUGCUAUGUUAAACAUUUUACGUUCACUAUUUAUCAUUAUUCUGGCACAGCUAAAAUGGGUCCAAGAAGUGAUCGCGCAGCAGUAGUAGAUCCACGUUUACGUGUGCAUGGCAUUAAGAAUUUACGUGUGGCUGAUGCGAGCAUAAUGCCAGAAAUUAUGUCAGGACAUCCGAAUGGACCAGUUUUUAUGAUAGCAGAAAAGGCAGCAGAUAUGAUUAAACAAGAUCACGGCUUCAUACCAUAAAAUAUACAGCUAAACAGUCAGGGGGGUACUACGAGCUUUUAAUGUGGGGGCCAACAAUUAACAGUUCAAAUAUUUUAUUGUAUUAAAUUUUAAGUGCAAAAUUUCGAUUGCAAUGGAAGAAAAAGUGUUGUUCGCGUGAAUUAGAUAUUUAACAUUUCAGGGUUAGAUUAGUUUUAAUUUCACACUUUUUAAAAUCGCACUUCACCAUAAAAGUUUAAGUUAGGAAUUGAAAAUUUAUGUUUUUUUAAAUUUUUAGUGUUUUGUAAAUUGCCAAUAACAGUUAAGGAACAUAAGCAUCACAGCCAAUUGUACUGAAUUAGUUUUAGUAAUUUUAUAUUUAAGUUUAGAAAGAAAAAUAUUUUUA